AUGAAUAUCGUAAAGAAAGAGCGGAGCAGCAGCGGUCUUCCCAAGAACAAGCAGUCGUUGAACAGUUCGAAUGGAAAUCAGGCUAUCAAUUUGUAUCAAGAGAUUCCAACGAUGGAAGUCAGCUUGGACGACUUUGAAGAGUUUGCUCUUGAUCGACUGAAGGUCCUCAAACGCUUGGAACAACUCAAGCUCCGCCAUGUUCCAGCCGAGAAGCACAAGCAAUAUCUUGAUCCACUCCUUUCCAAAUUGAACAAUCCGGAAAAGGAUUCCAUUUCCCACUUUGUCUUGAGGCUGGCUUACUGCCGCACGGAAGACUUGAGACGCUGGUUCUUGGCCCAAGAAGUCGCUCUGCUCAAGUGGCGACUGGGAGUUUCGUCCGGCAGUGUCAAGAACCUCAAAUCAGUCUUGCCAGAUGCGGCCAAGUCGGUUUCCCAAAAAGAAAUGGAGGAGCUCGACUUCGAACUAAAGACUGGUACAGUGGGCCUCCAGUCACUCAAAUUGCCACUCUUUUACAAGGUUCCCUUUACGCUAGCAUUGGAUCUCGUCCAGCACCGACAAGUCUUCAUCAAGAAGGGAAUGGCUUACAUUCCCGAAUCCAAAUUGGUCCACUUGGUCACCUCCAAGUUUCGUGCGCACCUUUCCAGGCAGCUGGUCUUGCUAUCAUCUGUUCCCACCACUCCUGCCCUCAAACGCACACAGGGAUUUUUGAAGAAUGUCGCCACGGUGCAUGCCGUCAAGGACGAGUUCGCCAACAAGAGCGAAAUGGCAGCCUCGCUGGAUCCCCAAAAUGUCAAGGAUCACUUGCGGAACAUGCCUCUGUGCAUGGUCCAACUCCAAGUGGCGCUGCAAACGGAACGUCAUUUGAAGCACUGGGGACGUUUGCAAUACGGAUUAUUCCUCAAGGGAGCUGGUCUGUCCUUGGAAGAUGCCUUGAUUUAUUUUGAACGCAUGUUUACGGCCAAGACCAAGGACUUUUCCAAGGAAUACGCCUACAACAUUCGGCACAUGUACGGCAAGGAGGGAAAACGUCAAAACUAUCCACCCUACACUUGUACCAAGAUUAUUAUGAGCAAUGCUCCCAAUUCCAAUGAUCAUCACGGCUGUCCCUACAAACACAAUACGGUCCAACAAGUUUCCACCAUGCUUGCCAAGCUUGGGAUUUCCCCGCAACAACAAAAACCAAUCAUGGCCCAACAACAAUCCGGUCAAUUUACUCUGGCCUGCAUGGAACACUUUAAGGUCGCGCAUCCCAAUGCUGUCACCACCCCCAAUGUCAAUUUGGACAAUGUGGGGAAUCACCCCAAUUCGUGGUUUGAAGCCAGCGUGAGUUACCACAAGGUGACGACUGGUGGUGGAGAUGAAAAGUCACCCAGCAAGACGACGACGACGACGACUGUCAUGGACAAAGCUGCUAGAGGGGCGCUGAAAACACCCAAGGCAGUGUCACCGUGA